AUGUCUAGCGUUAAAAAACAAUUGGAAUUUUUGAAUAAGAUUAGCUAUAACACUAAAAAGGCUCAGAUUUUCGUUAAUUCUGAGAAAGUAACUGGACUCAAAUUGUUAUUCCAAUGGCAAAACCAUGACGGGCACAUGGGUGCACGUAAAUUUUGGCAUGAAUAUUUGCCUACCUUACAGUAUUACAAUCCAGCUCUAAAAAUUGAUUUAUUGAGAUUAAAGAACGACAAGAGAGACGUCGAGGUCCCAUGCAAGAUUGAGAUUCUAGGUAGAGAAUCUAAGAUUUUGGAUACUAUAAACAUGCAAUACAAGAAGGACAAUGAGAUAAUGGAUGACCUUUUAUUGAAACUUGAUCAUGAAGUAGUACCACAGGAUCAGUUGGUGAAGGUAUGA